UAAUUAGCUCGUUCGUCUUCUCCUCUCCUUCGAGGUCUUAGUUCUCUGCAACUCUUAGCUAUGGAGGAGGAAUCUGAGAAGAACCAUCACCAGCCUCGAGUGGGUCUUGUCUACGAUGAGAGAAUGUGUACGCAUUCAACCCCAGACGGAGAAGAUCAUCCUGAAAAUCCUCUUCGAAUCAAGGCGAUAUGGGAAAAGCUUCAAUUUGCCGGAAUUCCUCAGAGAUGUGUAGUUUUGUGUGCUAAAGAAGCAGAGGACAGGUAUAUAGCAUCAGUUCACACGCAGAACCAUAUCAAUUUGAUAAGGAAUGUCAGCUCAAAAGAUUUUGAUUCACGAAGGAAGAGGAUUGCUUCAAAACUAAAUUCCAUCUAUCUAAAUGAGGGUUCAUCCGAAUCUGCUUACCUUGCUGCUGGCUCAGUUACAGAGGUGUCAGAAAGGGUCGCUAAAGGAGAACUGAGUUCCGCUGUUGCCAUUGUAAGACCUCCUGGACAUCAUGCAGAGCCAGAUGAAGCUAUGGGGUUUUGUCUGUACAACAAUGUUGCAAUCGCAGCGAGUUAUAUCCUGAAUGAAAGACCUGAAUUAGGUAUUCGUAAAAUCCUUAUUGUGGAUUGGGAUGUCCAUCAUGGAAAUGGCACUCAGAAAAUGUUUUGGAAGGACCCUCGGGUGCUGUUCUUCUCUGUUCAUAGGUUUGACUUUGGAACCUUUUAUCCAGCUGGAGAUGAUGGCACUUACACUAUGGUUGGAGAAGGAUCAGGUGCAGGAUUUAAUAUAAAUGUUCCUUGGGAGCAUGGUCGAUGUGGUGAUGCUGAUUAUUUCGCAGUCUGGGACCAUGUCCUCAUUCCUGUGGCCAGGGCUUUCAAUCCAGACAUGAUUCUGAUCUCAGGAGGAUUUGAUGCAGCCAUUGGUGAUCCUUUAGGGGGCUGUCGUGUCACGCCAUAUGGAUAUUCUGUUAUGAUGAAAAAGCUGAUGGAGUUUGCCAAUGGAAAGAUUGUGAUGGCCUUAGAAGGAGGAUACAAUCUUGACUCUUUAGCAAAUUCAGUACUUGCAUGUGUUAAAACUUUGCUGGGAGACAUGCCCAUUGUUGGAAGUUCAGAGGCCUACCCAUUUGAGUCUACAUGGCGUGUAAUACAAGCGGUUCGUCAAGAAUUAAACACAUUCUGGCCCACACUUGCUGAUGAAUUACCAAAGAAGUUAUUACUCGCCAGUAACAAAACAUCACCAACUAUUUUGAUAUCAAGUUCUGAUUCUGAUGCUGAGGAUGAUGCGGUACCAAACAUUCAGUCUGUAAAUCUUGUGGAGACUGUUCAGGAUGUUAUGCAACCCUUGUCAAUGCUCAAAGUUGACCAAGAUGGUCAAGAUCAACUAGUCGAUGGCUCUGUUCCAUGGAGACCUGUCUUUUCGAAAAUUGAUAUUUGGUAUGCAAGCUAUGGAUCAAAUAUGUGGAGAAAAAGGUUUCUAUGCUAUAUUGAAGGUGGUCAGGUGGAAGGUAUGCAGAUGCAAUGCUCAGGUUCAAUGGAUAAAAGCCCACCAAAAGAAACUUUAUGGAAGACUGUACCUCAUCGUUUAUUCUUUGGGCACUCUCAUACAAGUACUUGGGGUGCGGGAGGGGUUGCUUUCCUUCAUCCUGAAAGCAAUAUUCAUGAGAGAGCUUACAUGUGCUUGUAUAAAAUAACACUGGAGCAGUUCAAUGAUUUAUUGCUUCAGGAGAACGGUCCCAGUCGGCACAUGAUAUCUCCCUUGUUUGACUUAAUUGCUUUACAAUCUGUUGUGACCAACAAGUCUGUUCUUCUGGAGGUUCUUAAGGGUAGCUGGUAUUCAAAUGUUGUUUGUGUGGGAAAGGAGGGUGAUCUUCCCAUACUGACUCUGACGUGUCCGAUUUCGCAUAUUGAGAACUUCAAAUCUGGAAAGUUUCCAAUGCAUGAUACUCCAUCUAAAGAAUAUGCAAACACCUUGGUUAAAGGUCUUGUAGAAGGGAAACAACUCUCAGAAGCAGAAGCCAUGGCUUACAUUGAUGAUGCUUCUGCUAGACCAAUGUGAUUGAUUCAACUGCUCCGUUUUGUAUAUCCUAGAAACAAAUUUCCCCAAAAUUAUUAAUCCCUUCUAGUCUUCUAGACACCAUUUUUAAUGCUACACAAAUAUUCUGGACUGAGUCAUUAGAAGAACCGUCCAUCUAAUAUCUUUCCAUUUGCUAGUCAAAGAAAGGUAACUCUAUAUGCUUUGUGACCGUCA